CGAAGAUCGCUGUUGCCAUGAACCACGUCGUGAAAACUGUGCGCCAAUCCACCAAGCAUGCGAGCACGCGUGCAUUCUCCAGCAAGGUCGCGUUGCCUGACCUCCCCUACGAUUACAACGAGUUGGAACCCGUGAUCUCUGCCAAGAUCAUGGAAUUGCACCACAACAAGCACCACGCUGCCUAUGUGGCCAACUACAACACCCUCACGGAACAGUAUGCGGAAGCCCAGGCGAAGAACGACGUGUCCAAGCUGAUUGCGUUGCAACAAGGCAUCAAGUUUAACGGCGGUGGACAUGUGAACCACUCCAUCUUCUGGACGAACUUGGCCCCGCCCAAAAAGGGCGGUGGAGGUGAGCCCACUGGUGCAUUGAAGGCAGCGAUCGAAAAGGAAUUCGGGUCGUUCCAUGCGUUCAAGACCACGUUUAGCGCCCAAACGGCCGCCGUUCAAGGCAGCGGCUGGGGGUGGUUGGGCUACAACCCGACCCAAAAGCGUGUGCAAUUUGCCGCGUUGGCGAACCAAGAUCCCAUCAGCACGGUCGGCUUGAUUCCGCUCUUGGGCGUGGAUGUGUGGGAGCAUGCGUACUACUUGGAUUACAAGAACGUCCGCCCCGACUACCUCAAAGCCAUUUGGGAAAUCGUGAACUGGGACAACGUCGAGGAACGAUUCAACGCUGCGUCCAAGUAAAAACCACGGCGCAGUUUGCUUAGUAUAUUGCGUUGAACGAAUUGAAAGUGAUAAGCUGGUUGGGUUGUAACGUUAUCUGUCAGACUA